AUGCGGCGGAUUUUGCGGGUUUUUAUGGUUUUAUUGAUUUUUCUCGUCAUUUCCUGUAUUGUUAGUGAGUUUUGCGGGUGAAAUUGGGAAAUUUUGGGGGUUUUUGGGAGGAUUUUAGGUGAAAUUGAUUUUUUGGCGGGAAAUUCGGGUUUCCGGAGCAGAAAAUUGAGAAAAACCCUCUUUGUUGUCUUCUAAACCUUUAACGAUUGUUUUCGGCGCCGAAAAUUCGCGGGACCAUCAUUUAUAUCGAAAUUUUUGAAUUUUCACUUUUCCCGCCUCAAAAUUAAGCCCGGAAAAUGUGUAAAUUUAAAAAAAAGUCCUAUUUUUCACCCCGAAACCUUGUUUUUUUGUAGUUACAACAUGGGAGUACAGAAAAUGGACUUCGAACUAAAAACAUUUCGCAAUUUCUCACAAUCGCGUGAAAUUUGACAAAUUCUCUAGUCAGCUGACCAAAAACAAUAAAAUUAUCACAUUUUUCGUCUUCUCUGCUUCUUGCUUCCUUAUCUAAUAGGAAAUUUUCACUUUUUUCAAUAAAUUGUUGCAAAAAUUAGUUAAUUUUCUGUCUAAACUCUCUUAUUUUACCAUAGUCUUUCUCCUAUCACAGAAAAAUUUAUCUGAAAUUAUUUGCAGCUCUGAAAAUGUGGGGAAACAUGGUGGCCGCGGAUUUCGAUGAUAUUGCCAAGGCUGAAGCGAUGAAUUCGAUGGCAGGCAUUAAAUAUACUAUAGAUCAUACAUGGGAUGGAUUGCCGCAAUCACAUGAUCCUAUUAAAGUGAGUAACCCAAAAAUUCAUGAUUUCCACCAUUUUUCACCCCAGAAACCUUAAAAUUUUCCUCCAGAUCGAAUUAAAAUGGCUGUUCGAGCGACAAGUUGGUCGACCACACAAACGUGUGGUGAAAAUCACAUUUGACGCGCCGUUUUUUGAUGAUCCGGAACCAAUGGAAGCGCCAGGAAUUACACCAGGAGUAAGUUUUCAUGAAAUAUACCAAAUCGACUAUGCUCGACGAAUCCGAAGUCAAAAAUUGCCCCUUUUCUGGAGCUCCAAAGUUAAAAUUGAGUUCGCCCAUUUUUACCAUAUUCCUGGAAGAGAAAUUAACUUUUAUAACUUGAAUAGGGUUGUUCACCACAUUCGAAAACCUAUCAGUUUUUUAGUUUUUAAAAAUAUUAUCGAAAAUCUCAUCGUUACGACGCGCUCCAUCGAAAUAAACACGCAACGCAGACCGCGUCGCGCUCAGCCCACACAAAUAAGGGAGGGAAUUUGAAUCGUUCCCUUAUUUGUGUGUGUUGUGACGCGACGCGACGCGGUCUGCGUUGCGUUUUUAUUUCGGUGGAGCGCGUGGUACCGAUGAGAUUUUCGAUAAUACACACGUUUUUUUUUAAAGUUUUACGACUUUUUUGAAAAUUACAGUUUUCAGCUGCUAUUUGAUAUUUUUGAUAAACUAAAAAGCUGAUAGGUUUUCGAAUGUGGUGAACAACCUUUUUCAACUUAUAAAAGUCAAUUUUUCACCCAGGAAUAUGGUGAAAAUGGGUGAAAACCAAAACUGAAUCGUGAUCAGCAUUUUGUAUAUUUUUUUAUCCAAAGUUUAUUCCGGGACCUAAAACACAGUGAAUUUAAAUUUGGAGCCAAAUUAUAUUCAAAAAAAAUCCUAUUUUUCCAGCUCUGGGACUACGAAGUGAUGGAAUUCUUCUUCGCCAACGAUCGUGGACAAUAUUUAGAAGUUGAAGUUGGACCACAUGGACAUUGGUUAUGUUUAUUAUUUGAUGGAGUGCGCCAUCCAAUCAAUAAAGGUACGUCGAUUUUUGGUCUAGAAAAACAUUGCUCAUGUUAUUAAUUUUGUCUGGAUUAAAUACGUUCCAAAAUCUGUACAUUCAAAAAUGUCGAAAACCAGAUUUUGAUAUUUUUUCGAGAUCCUUAUCAAUCAGAAAAGUGUUUUUUAUGAAAAAUGUUAAAUUUUCAUCGAACAUUUCAAUUUCAGGCGAAGAAUUGGAGCUGGAAGUCCGGAAUAAAUGGGUCGGAGAUCGUUGGAUUGGAGAAGUCGAAAUCCCAUUGGCCUAUUUCCCAUCUAGUGAGUUUAGGCUCAUUUUGGACACUAAAUCAGGCCCAAAAAAUCCCGAAAAUAUUCCAGAAAUCACCAAAUUCAACGCCUACCAUAUUCAUGGACAAGAAAAUGAGCGAACAUAUUCGGCACUUUUCCCAGUCACUGAUGGAACUUUUAAGGUGAGUAAUGAAAUUGCCACGUCAUAACCCGAAAAUCUUUGUCUUUUUUCAGGAACCCGAUUUUCAUCGCCUCGAUUUUUUCCAACGCAUAAAUGUUCGGCGAAUUAUACCUGAUGGUUACGGUGAUCGACCAUUUGCCGACUUCAAAUAUGGCGAUUUGUGGGCUGGACAUUAUUGA